AUGGGAUGCUCGGCUUCGAGGUUGGAAGAUGAGGAGGCUGUCCAGCUCUGCAGAGAUAGAAGAAACUUCAUAAAGCAGGCUGUUGAGCAGAGAAACCGCUUUGCUUCCGGGCACAUUGCUUACAUUCAGUCGCUAAAGCGAGUCUCCGAUGCCCUUUGCAAUUUUGUUGAUGCAGAUGAGCAACCCGACACUUUUCCGGACACCUUCACUCUGCCUCCAUUCAUGCCCGUGAAGAAAUUGAGCCCCGAAAUGCUGGGCAUUCCUUUCAACCAAUAUGAGAAAAAGAUGGGGGAUCCAUUUAACUCUGCAUCACAAAUAAAUCAGUCUCAGGGAAGCAUUUUGCAUGUUUCUAGAUAUUUGAGAUCGGGAGCAAAUCCUUCGGUUUCUAUUGAAGAGUUUCCUCAACCAUCAGAGACAGUGAGAAUUAACACUUAUUGCCCUAUGGAACCUUAUGGAAAUGAUACUUUUUUCACCACUCAGGCUUCACCAUGGCACUCUUCAUUCUAUUCUUCAACAUAUGAUAGGCCCAACUACCCUCCAGCAUCACCACAAAAUCCACAGUGGGACUCGUUUUGGAAUCCUUUCUCUUCAAUAGAUACAUAUGGAUACGCAUACCAGAGCAGUUCAGUUGACUCGAUCAACGAUGAUGAUGUAGCAGGCCUAAGACAAGUUAGACAGGAAGAAGGAAUACCGGAACUGGAAGAAGAAGGAACAACAAGAGAAGAUGAUGAGCCUUUGCAGAUAAAAACUCAGAAGGAAGCAUGCGAAGUCAAUUCAAAUGAUACUAGACUGAGCAGUACAUGUGUAGACUCUUCAGCAGCCAAAUGUAUAGGAGUUAAUAAGUUUCACAACAAGCAAGUCGACAAUUUUGAAGUAUCAGAAACAAAAGAUGCCAUUAAACUUAAGACAACAAGAGAGAAGGAACUGGCAGAGAAGAGAAAGUCGGCAGAGGAAACCCAUGGUUUUACUGUGUACCUAAACCGAAGAACAAAAGGCAUGCCAGAAAUAAUGAAAGAUAUUGAAAGCCAAUUUUUGCGGAUUUGUGACUGUGCUCAUGAAGUUUCAGUAUUGUUGAAUGCGAGCAAGUCCCAUUAUGCUUCAACUUCAACUGAAAUUGCUGUAAAAAUGAUGAAUCCAAUUGCUCUUUUCCGGUCUGCAUCGUCGCGUUCAUCCUCUUCUAGAUUAUGUAAUGCCUUUCCCAGUUCAGGAUGUGAUGGUUAUGAUAGCAGCAUUGACUGUUUGGAGGAGUCAUGCACAACAUCAGGAAACCAUCAGUCAACGUUGGAUAGAUUAUAUGAAUGGGAGAAGAAGUUGUAUGAAGAGGUUAAGGCUGGAGAACGCAUAAGAAUAGCAUUUGAGAGGAAAUACAAGCAAAUGAGAAGCCAAGACAUGCACAGUGAAGAACCUUCAUCUGUUGACAAAACAAGAGCAGUAGUAAGAGAUCUACAUACUCAGUUAAAAGUUUCUAUACACUCAGUUGAGUCAGUUUCAAGAAGGAUUGAAACUUUGCGGGAUGAAGAAUUGCAUCCACAGCUGUUCGAGUUAGUACAAGGGUUAGCGAAAAUGUGGAGGACCACAGCCGACUGCCACCAGAUCCAGAAGCGCACGAUAGAAGAAGCCAAGCUCCUGAUGCUCUCCGCCGCGGUCGCCGCCGGGAAGGUCUCGGAGGAGGCGCACCCCGCGUCCCCCAGACGCGCACGAUCCGCCGCCGCCCUCGAAGCGGAUCUCCGGAACUGGCGCGCGUGCCUCGAGAUCUGGGUGGAGGCGCAGCGGGCCUACGCCCGGGCGCUGGCCGGGUGGGCCCUCCGCUGCAGCGACCGCGGAGACGGCGACAGGGGCUGCGCGCGUUCCCCGCUCUCACCGCCGCGAUCCUCCGCGGGCGGCGCGCCGCCAGCUCUCGGAGUAUGCGCGCAGUGGUCGCGGCUGCUGGAGUCGGUGGGGGAGGCGCAGGUGGUGGAUGGCCUGGACUUCUUCGCGGCGGGGAUCGCGUCGGUCCGCGAGAUGGAAACAACGGCGGCGGCCGCGGAGGAGGAUAUCGAAGGGGAGGAGGAUAAGUGCCGCCGCACUCCGGCGACAUCGGAAAUGGCGAGGAGGGUGCUGUGCGCGGGGAUGUCGGUGGCCGUCGGUUCGCUGGCGGACUUCGCGGCGAGGUCAGCAGAAGGGUACCAAGUCUUGGUGCGGGGCAGGGACGGGAGGGCAGAACCGUAAUCAUAAUCAGCGUAGUGGCACUGUUGUAAUUAAUAAGUAAACGUAGUGGCAGUGGUGGAAAUAGAUUUAUUUCAGUAUUUUAAAAUCAACGCCUCGUCCUAAAACGGACAAGAAAGAAUAAAAUACACAUAUUA